AUGUUGCAUACAGUCAGUGAGUGGCUGUGGUGGGAGCGUAUGUGGCUGCCAGAAAAAGUCUCCUGGUCGGAUCUGGAGGACAGUGAAGGUCGUGUUUACGCUAAAGCCUGUCAUCUCUACGCUGCUCUGCCCUGCGCCCUCUGCCUGCUCCUCGUCAGAUACCUGUUUGAGAGGUACCUGGCCACACCGCUGGCUGAUCUUUGGGGAGUCAGGGACCGUGUUCGUCUCACAGCAGAGACAAACCCUGUCCUGGAGAAGCACUUCUGCAGCCAAGCACGGGUUCUUUCACAGGCUGACUUGAGGUCUAUUUGUAAGAAGACCAGCUGGCCAGAAAGGAAAGUUCAAGUUUGGUUCAAGAGGAGGAGGAACCAGGAGCGCCCAGGUCUUCGCAAGAGGUUCUGCGAGGCCAGUUGGAGAUGUGUGUUUUAUUUGUUUGCAUUUGUUGCCGGAGUGCUUGCUCUCUAUGAUAAACCUUGGCUUUAUAACCUGAAAGAGGUUUGGGCAGGCUUUCCUAAGCAGUCCAUGCUCCCAUCUCAGUACUAUUAUUACCUCUUGGAAAUGGGCUUCUAUCUUUCUCUGCUUCUUAGCCUCACAUUUGAUGUGAAACGGAAGGACUUUAAAGAGCAGGUGACUCAUCACAUAGCCACACUGACUCUUCUGAGUUUCUCCUGGAUUUCAAACUACAUCCGGAUAGGAACUCUUGUGAUGGCCUGUCAUGACUCCGCUGACAUACUGCUAGAGGGUGCCAAGGUAUUUAACUAUGCAAAGUGGCAACGGACUGCUAACACCAUGUUUGUGGUGUUCACAGCUCUCUUUACGCUGACAAGACUUGUCAUUUUUCCUUUUUGGCUGAUCCACUGUACAUGGGUGUACCCACUGGAGGAGUUUGCUCCCUUCUUUGGCUAUUACUUCUUCAAUGUGAUGUUAUUGGUUCUUCAGAUACUCCACCUUUACUGGGCUGUUCUCAUAGCGCGAAUGCUUCUUAAGUUAAUAUUCAAUAAGCUGGAAGGUGACGAUCGGAGUGAUGAAGAGGAGGAUGACAGUGAUUCACCAAAGGAAAGAAACAACAAAUUGAGUCACAUUAAUGGCUCUGGAGCCAGAGGCCGGGGGGCAAAUGGUCACUGA